CAGGGAGACAGUCAGGAGUAGUUGAGACCCACAGAGGCAUGUGUUGUGCAUCGUAGUAGAUCUGUCUCCUGCUGCUAUCAGCUUCCAGAGAGCUAUCUGAAGACGUCCCUGGGUUCCUGCAUCAAACACAACUACUAGCAUUUCUAUACAGGAGGGUAACAUGGACGAGGGCAGUGUGAGGAAGAGGAAGGACAUGUUUAAUGGAGGCCCCGGCCCAACCUCCAAUAUGUCUGCCUCCAAGCCUGCUGAGGAAGACGUGAAGGCUACCGUGCUACAGAAGGAUGUGGGCCUUUUGAGUGGGAUCUGUCUGAUUGUAGGAACCAUGAUCGGCUCCGGCAUCUUCAUCUCCCCGAAGGCAGUGCUGCUGGAAACGGGAGCCGUAGGACCAUGUCUGUGUGUCUGGGCCGCCUGCGGGGUGCUAGCUACACUGGGGGCGCUGUGCUACGCGGAGCUGGGCACCAUGAUCACUAAGUCUGGAGGGGAAUACUCUUACCUGAUGGAGGCCUUUGGGUCAGUGAUGGCCUACCUCUACUCAUGGAGCACCAUCAUGGUCCUAAAGCCCUCCGCCUUCGCCAUCAUCGCCCUAAGCUUCGCAGAGUAUGCCUCCACGCCGUUCUACCCAGGAUGCACUCCUCCCAUUGUGGUCACCAAGUGCCUGGCUGCAGCGUGCAUAUUGAUGAUCGUGUCGGUGAACUGUCUCAGUGUGAAGCUAGCCAACUAUGUCCAGAACUUCUUCACUGCAGCCAAGCUUCUCAUCAUCCUGGUCAUCAUAGUGGCAGGCAUCGUCCUCUUGGCACAAGGAAACACUGAGAAUCUGUCCAACCCAUUUGAAGGAGCCUCAACCUCCUUUGGAUCCAUUGGACUGGCGUUUUACAAUGGGCUCUGGGCCUACGAUGGGUGGAAUCAGCUGAACUUUAUAACAGAGGAGCUGGAAAACCCAUACAGAAACCUUCCCCUGGCCAUUAUCAUUGGUAUUCCCUUGGUGUCUGUGAGCUAUGUGCUGGUCAACAUUGCCUACUUCAGCGCCAUGACCACUACGGAACUACUGCAGUCUCCCGCUGUUGCUGUGACUUUUGGUGACAGAGUGCUGUACCCCCUGUCGUGGGUAGUCCCUGUGUUUGUCGUCUUCUCCACCUUCGGAGCGGCCAAUGGGAGCUGCUUCACAGCCGGCAGGUUGACCUAUGUGGCAGGAAGAGAGGGUCACAUGGUAAAGAUAUUGUCCUACAUCAGUCUGAAGCGUUACACUCCUUCCCCCGCCAUCAUCUUCAAUGGUAUUCUGGCCGUACUCUACAUUAUCCCGGCAGACAUCAACACCCUGAUCAACUACUUCAGUUUCGCCCAGUGGGCUAUCUACGGACUCACAGCUCUCGCUCUCAUCGUCAUGCGCUUCACCAGGAAGGAACUCAAGAGGCCCGUCAAGUGUCCCAUGCCCAUAGCAGUGCUGGUGGUGAUCGUGUCCUGCUACCUGGUCCUAGCACCGAUCAUAGACAAGCCAGAGCUGGAGUAUCUGUACUGUACCAUCUUCAUCCUCAGCGGUCUGCUGCUCUACUUCCCCUUCGUUCAUCGCAGGUUCAGCUGGACACACAGGGUCAUGAGGCCAAUCACCAUGCAUCUCCAGCUGCUGAUGGAGGUUGUUCCUCCUGAGAAAAACGAAUAGAGGAAGAUAAUAAACAGCCUAAACUGACUGAUGUGGACAAAUGUAUGGUGCAUCCCAAAUGGUACCCUUUUCCCUAUGUGGUGCACUACCCCAUAGGCCCUAGUCAAAAGUAGUGCACUACUUAGGGAAUAGGGUGCCAAUUGAGACACAGACUUAGAAAUUAAGGUUCUGUCCUGUGUCAUAAUGAACGUUCUGUACUGUCUCAUAAUGAACGUUCUGUACUGUGUCAUAAUGAACGUUCUGUACUGUGUCAUAAUGAAGGUACUGUCCUGUCUCAUAAUGAACAUUCUGUACUGUGUCAUAAUGCUGGAAUCCUGUCUGUUUCUCUCCCAUGAGACUUUCGCCAAUAUAGAUUGUCUAUUUAAUGCCCCUCUGUGUUUAAACUCUGCUUAGGAGGACAUAUUUGCUUUUAGGAUACUGCCAAUUUAUAUUGAAGACAUAGAGGCUCUGCUUAGCAGGUUGGCAUCAGCCGUCUACAUGGUCUGGAUCCCAAACUAAUUGACUGGAUAUAGGAGGUCAAUGGCUGCUUCUCAAAUCACACCCUAUGCCCUAGGGAACGGGGCGCCAUCUCAAAUCACACCCUAUGCUCUAGGGAACGGGGCGCCAUCUCAAAUCACACCCUAUGCCCUAGGGAACGAGGCGCCAUUGGUCUGUGUCUCAAAUCACACCCUAUGCCCCAGGGAACGGGGCGCCAUCUCAAAUCACACCCUAUGCCCGAGGGAACGGGGCGCCAUUGGUCUGUGUCUCAAAUCACACCCUAUGCUCUAGGGAACGGGGCGCCAUCUCAAAUCACACCCUAGGGAACGGGGCGCCAUUGGUCUGUGUCUCAAAUCACACCCUAUGCCCUAGGGAACGGGGCGCCAUCUCAAAUCACACCCUAUGCCCUAGGGAACGGGGCGCCAUCUCAAAUCACACCCUAUGCUCUAGGGAACGGGGCGCCAUCUCAAAUCACACCCUAUGCCCUAGGGAACGGGGCGCCAUUGGUCUGUGUCUCAAAUCACACCCUAUGCUCUAGGGAACGGGGCGCCAUCUCAAAUCACACCCUAGGGAACGGGGCGCCAUCUCAAAUCACACCCUAUGCCCUAGGGAACGGGGCGCCAUCUCAAAUCACACCCUAUGCCCUAGGGAACGAGGUGCCAUCUCAAAUCACACCCUAUGCCCUAGGGAACGGGGCGCCAUCUCAAAUCACACCCUAUGCCCUAGGGAACGGGGUGCCAUCUCAAAUCACACCCUAUGCCCUAGGGAACGGGGUGCCAUCUCAAAUCACACCCUAUGCCCUAGGGAACGGGGUGCCAUCUCAAAUCACACCCUAUGCCCCAGGGAACGAGGCGCCAUCUCAAAUCACACCCUAUGCCCUAGGGAACGGGGUGCCAUCUCAAAUCACACCCUAUGCCCUAGGGAACGGGGUGCCAUUGGAGACCCUGACAAUAUGCUGUUCUUGUACAUGACUAGUGAGAACAUAAGAGACCAAAAUGAUGUCAUAUUUUCUUGCUUUUUAUUUGUCCUCGACAUUGUUAAAAAUCCCUCAUGUUUGCGCUGUUCAAGCACUUGUAUAUAAUCUAAGGUUUAAAUUGUAUUUGACAAGUUAAAAGACAUUUGUCCCUUGUUGUCUUCUAUCUCUCCACCAGCUGCCAGUUGAACCUGGGGACACGGUUCAUCUUAUAGUGCCUAUUGUGUGAUGUAUUCGUGUCACUCUAAACUCAAUGGAGAUUUUAUACUACUGACUUCAACAGUUUCAAAACAUCUUCUCUUCUCCGAGUUGAAAAGUAGAUAGUGAGUUGUUGUGUUUGUGAAUAAAACAGUUUACCCUUCAAUUAA